UAUGUUUACCAAGAUGUCUGCAGCCUGACAACUAUUACCCAUAACAUAGCUAUAUAAAGAAAUACGUCCGUAUAACUCAGCCGAAUCUUUUAUAAAAGUGAAGCAUGCAGCUAAAGUAUCUGAAGACUCUUCUAACUCCUCAGGAUGGAGCUGCUAAAGUCACCUGUAUGGCUUGGGCUCCUAACAAUUCAAAGUUUGCAGUGUGCACUAUUGAUAGAGUGGUUAUACUGUAUGAUGAGCAAGGAGAGAAACGAGACAGAUUUACUACAAAACCUGCUGACCCCAAAUAUGGAAAGAAAACCUAUGUGGUCAAGUCCAUGGCAUUUUCGCCCGAUUCAACCAAGAUAGCAGUGGCUCAAACAGACAACAUUAUAUUUGUUUACAAAAUUGGGGAGGAGUGGGGAGAUAAAAAGUUUAUUUGCAACAAAUUUAUUCAAACAAGUGCUGUAACAUGUCUGGUUUGGCCAUCAGAGCAUACAAUAAUAUUUGGACUAGCAGAGGGGAAAGUUCGACAAGCCAAUACAAAAACGAGCAAGUCCUCCACGAUCUACGGAACGGACUCUUAUGUUGUCUCACUAACGACAAAUGUCUCAGGGAAGGGAAUCCUCUCGGGUCAUGCAGAUGGAACGGUUGUUCGGUACUUCUUUGAUGAUGAAGGAUCUGGAGAAUCUCAGGGCAAAUUGUUGACUCAUGCAUGCCCACCGUACGCCAUGGCAUGGGGCACCAACAGCAUAAUUGUGGCUGGAUGCGAUAAGAAGAUCGUGGCCUAUGGAAGGGAGGGCCACGUGCUUCAGACAUUUGACUACAGCCGAGAUCGCUCCGAAAAGGAAUUCACAGUGGCAGCAUCUAGCCCCAGUGGCCAGUCCAUAGUCGUGGGAAGCUUUGACAGGUUGCGAGUUUUCAACUGGAGUCCCCGAAAAGGCAUCUGGGAUGUAGCUUCUCCCAAAGAGAUUCCAAACCUGUACACCAUCACAGCUCUGUCCUGGAAGAAAGACGGCUCUCGGCUUUCUGUGGGCACACUGUGUGGAGGAGUCGAGUUGUUUGACUGCUGUCUUCGGAGAAGUAUUUACAAGAACAAAUUUGAGAUGACAUACGUAGGACUAAGUCAAGUGAUUGUGAAGAAUUUGUCCUCUGGGACACGAGUGGUGCUGAAAUCUCAGUAUGGUUAUGAGAUAGAUGAGGUGAAAGUCAUGGGGAAGGAUCAAUAUCUUGUGGCUCACACCUCUGACACACUGCUGCUGGGAGAUCUGGUAUCCAACAAAUUAAGUGAGGUGGCGUGGCAGGGGUCUGGGGGAAAUGAAAAGUUUUUCUUUGAAAAUGAAACGGUGUGCAUGAUUUUCAACGCUGGAGAGCUGGCACUGGUGGAAUACGGAAGCAAUGAAAUCCUGGGAUCUGUUCGGACAGAGUUUAUGAACCCACACCUCAUCAGUGUGCGUCUGAAUGAGAGAAGGCAGAGGGCAGUGGAGGACAACAGAAAGUUGGCUUACCUGAUUGACAUAAAAACUAUUGCUAUCGUGGACCUGGUGGGUGGGUAUAAUCUGGGCACUAUAAGCCAUGACUCCAAGAUAGACUGGCUGGAGCUGAAUGAAACGGGGCAUAAACUGCUUUUUAGGGACAAGAAACUCAGGCUCCACCUGUAUGACAUCGAGAGCAGCCUGAAGAGCACCAUGCUGAGUUUCUGUCCUUAUGUGCAGUGGGUACCGGGUAGUGAUGUAGUUGUGGCCCAGAACAGAGGAAACCUGUGUGUUUGGUACACCAUCGACAGCCCGGAGAGGGUCACGAUGUUUCCCCUCAAGGGUGAUAUUGUAGAUCUGGAGAGAUCCAAUGGAAAAACUGAAGUCAUUGUGACUGAAGGGGUUAACUCUGUCUCCUACACUCUGGAUGAGGGGUUGAUUGAAUUUGGUACAGCCAUUGAUGAUGGUGACUAUUACAGAGCUACAGCAUUCCUAGAGACCCUGGAGAUGUCGGCAGAGACAGAGGCCAUGUGGAAGACUCUGAGUAAACUCUCCCUAGAGGCACAACAGCUCCACAUUGCUGAGAGGUGUUUUGCAGCCCUUGGAGAUGUGUCCAAAGCCCGAUUCCUAAAUGAGACCAACAAAAUUGCAGAUUCAGUCUCAAAGGAAUAUGGUGGUGAUGGUACAGACCACUACCAGGUAAAAGCACGACUGGCCAUGCUGGAUAAGAACUUUAAGCUUGCAGAGAUGUAUUACAUGGAACAGAAUGCGGUGGAUGAAGUGAUGGAAAUGUACCAGGAGCUUCACAUGUGGGAUGAAUGUAUUGCAGUGGCAGAGGCGAAGGGUCACCCAGAGUUGGACAAUUUGAGACGCAGUUACUAUUCUUACCUAAUGGAGACCAAUCAGAAUGAGAAAGCCGGUGAGGUGAAGGAGAAUGAAGGAGACUUCACUGGUGCUGUUAACCUCUACCUGAAAGCAGGACUUCCUGCCAAAGCUGCUUGGCUGGCCCUGAGCAGAGACGAGCUUUUAUCAAGCCAUGACAUCAUCAGCCGCAUCACUGCUGCACUCAUUAAAGGAGAGUUUUAUGAGAGGGCAGGCGACCUGUUUGAAAGGACAAGAAAUAAUGAGAAGGCCUUGGAGUGCUACCGCAAGGGAAAUGCUUUUAAGAAAGCAGUGGAUUUGGCUCGCGUUGCGUUUCCUGCAGAAGUUGUAAAGCUGGAGGAAGUGUGGGGUGACUAUCUAGUGCAGCAGAAACAAAUGGAUGCUGCCAUCAACCAUUACAUAGAAGCAGGAUGUUCCACCAAGGCCAUAGAGGCAGCAAUCGCAGCACGCCAGUGGAAGAAAGCAUUGCACAUACUGGAGCUACAGGAGGACAAGACUGCUGCCAAAUAUUACCUGAAAAUAGCUCAGCACUAUGCUUCUGUGCAGGAGUUUGAGGUGGCAGAACGUCUGUUUGUGAAGGGUGAUCAUACCAAAGAUGCUAUAGAUAUGUACACUCAGGCUGGGCGAUGGGAGCAAGCUCAUAAGCUUGCUGUGAAGUGCAUGUCACAAGAGGAUGUGUCUACCCUCUACAUCAGCAGAGCACAAGAGUUAGAGAAAGAGGGGAAGUACAAAGAAGCUGAAAGGCUUUUUACCACAGUAGAUGAACCAGACUUGGCCAUCACUAUGUACAAGAAGAACAAAAUGUUUGACGACAUGAUCCGUUUAGUCGCUGUUCAUCACAAAGACCUGCUGCAGGAAACGCGCAUUCACCUGGCUAAGGAGCUAGAGGGUGAAUCCAGGUUUCAGGAAGCGGAGUAUCAUUACCUAGAGGGUCAGGACUGGAAAGCUGCCGUAAACAUGUACAGAGUCAAUGAUAUGUGGGAGGAAGCUUAUCGGAUAGCAAAGACCCAUGGAGGAGCCAGUGCCCAUAAGCAAGUGGCCUAUCUGUGGGCAAAAAAUCUCGGAGGAGAGGCGGCUGUUAAGCUGCUCAACAAGUUUGGCUUUCUGGAAACCGCCAUUGACUUUGCUGCCGAUAACUAUGCAUUUGACUUUGCCUUUGAGUUGGCCCGACUCGCCAUGAAACAGAAGAUUCCUGAUAUUCAUCUCAAAAAUGCCAUGUUCCUCGAGGACCAGGUAUUACAGACUGGGGAGAAAUUAUUCCUCUUUUCUACACUGUUACUGCACAUCCAUAACAAGGACUGGAGUAAUGCCCAGAGAGUGGCAGAGGCUCAUGAUCCGGAAAGUGUGGCAGACAUUCUAGUGAGCCAGGCCAAGUUCUGUUUUGACCAGAAGGAAUUCCAAAAAGCUGAGGCCUUCCUUCUCCGGGCCCAAAGGCCAGAGCUAGCAAUUAAAUACUACAAAGAUGCUGGGAUGUGGACUGAUGCAAUACGGAUCUGUAAAGACUAUUUGCCCAGCAAGCUGAGUGUCCUUCAAAAGGAAUAUGAAAGCGAGGGCAACUGGGGUGUGGAAGGCAUGGUUGAGCAGGCUCAGGAGUGGGAACAGACAGGUGAAUAUGCCAGAGCCGUCGACUGCUAUCUGAAAGUGAAGGACUCAUCUAACAUGGACUUGCUGAUGAAGUGUUGGAUGAAGGCAGCAGAAUUGGCCAUUAAAUUUUUAUCUCAUGACAAGGCUGUGGACAUCAGUCAGGUCGUCGGGCCACACCUGAUUCAGCUCAGAAAGUACAACGAGGCUGCUGAGCUCUACCUCAACCUGGACCUUAUUAAGAACGCCAUAGACGCAUUCAUUGAGGGAGAAGAAUGGAACAAAGCUAAAAGAGUGGCCAAGGAGCUCGAUCCAAGGCUAGAGGAAUAUGUGGACAAACGCUACAAAGAGCACCUGAAAAAUCAAGGCAAAGUUGACUCCUUGGUUGGAGUAGAUGUGGUGGCUGCCCUUGACAUGUACGCUGAGAGAGGACAGUGGGAGAAAUGCAUCGACACAGCCUCGAAACAGAAUUUCAAGGUCCUGCACAAGUACAUCGCUCUGUACGCCACUCACCUGAUCAAAGAGGGUGAGGCAGAGAAAGUACUCAACCUUUACACCCAGCAUGGCGUUCCCGCUUAUUCACAGAACUUCAACAUUUACAAGCGGAUGUUCCUGGAGUUUGUGAGCUUAAGGGACUGGGAUUGUGCGGAAGCUUAUCGGAUGUGGGCCGAUCUAAGGGACGUCCUUCUGCUGCUGUGUGAAAACCUGAGCAAGUCUUCAGAAGCUAAUUCUCCAGCCCAUGAGGAGUUUGAGCAGAUGCUGCUGGUUGCUCACUAUUACGCCACCUGCUCUGCAGCCAAAGGCAUUGACCAGCUGAAUUCAGUGGCAGCCAAGUUGUCCAUCUCUCUCCUGAGGCACACCGAGCUCAUUCCAGCUGACAAGGCCUUUUAUGAGGCCGGCCUGGCAGCCAAGGCUGUGGAAUGGGAGAACAUGGCUUUUAUCUUCCUCAACCGCUUCUUGGAUUUGGCUGAUGGCAUUGACGAGGGAACAUUGGAUGCUUUAGACCACACAGACUUCCAGGAUACAGAUAUCCCAUUUGAGGUCCCUUUACCUUCAAAGCUACAUGUCACUGUGGAGAAGAGGGAGGAGAUUAGGGAGUGGGUUCUGACUGUGUCCAUGGACCAGCGGGUGGAGCAGGUGCUGCCAAAGGAUGAGAGAGGCACGUAUGAAGCCUCCCUAGUGGCUGCCGGCACUGGCAUCCGGUCCCUACCUUGCGUCAUCACAGGUUACCCUGUCCUGCACAAUAAAAUUGAGUUCAAAAGACCAGGGAUGGCAGCAAAUAAAGAUGACUGGAAUAAAUUCUUGAUGGCUACAAAGACCACUCACAGUCCAGAAUGUCAAGAUGUGCUGAAAUUUAUCACACAGUGGUGCGGAGGUCUCCCUUCAGCUGGAUAUUCCUUCCACUAAGACCGGGGAAGGUGCACAAUAUCUAUUUCUCUAUCUGUCAUCAUCCUGUUCUUCACUUUCUCGCAUUCGCCUCCCAGCUGUUCUGCUUAAACAUUUAAACAGUCUUUUUCAUUCUCUUUUCCAAAGGCAACGUUCACUUCUUGGUCAUCAUUCCCUCACCAUUUUUUUUUAUAGCUAAAGUAUCAUAAGGUGAAGAUACAUGAAGGUCAUUUAAUGUGUGUGUUAAAUGUGCUUGACUGCAGAAAGCCUUUGAAUAUAAUCUGUAAGUAACUGUAAUACAUACGCCACUAGUUCAUAUAAGUUGGAUAUUUUGAUAUUUAAACACUAAAUAAAAAACGAAUACUUCAUAAAGAUUGUCAUUGUUCUCAAGGACAUUUGUAUGAGCUGAAUAUUCAGCUGAAAUAAAAAAGCUAUUUUAUAAAUCAGAAUUAUUGUUGAAUUGUUAGGUGUGAUAACAUUUCUAAACUUUCUAAAGGCUGUAUGCCUGUUGUGCAUCAUAUUUUAAAUAAAUUAAUUCUAAGACAUUACUCAUCAGUGGCGUUCACUGGUGUAAUUUAUUUUUAUGUAUAAAUGAUCAGCUGGUUUAUGAUAAUUAAUAGUCACCUGUCAAACAACGCCAUCUUGUGGAGACCAUAACGUGUUGGGGGUGAAAGAGGACACUCACACUUGUGGCCUGGUACAAUUUUCACUUCUAAUGAUGUAAUAAUAAUGUGGAGUAUUCCUUUUUAUUUCGAGCCAGAUCUUUGUUCCAUAAAAACGCAUUAAACUAUGAGGCAUC